AUGACAAGCCAUGUACAUUUGCCUGUAGCAGUUAUCAUUGGUGCGGUGCUGGGUACUGCGGUCUUUUGUGUAUUGAUGAUCUCUAUAUUGCUAUAUCUAAGGAAGAAAAGGCAUACCAAGAUAUACAAAGCGCCGGAUUAUCCGUCCCCAUUGGUUGGCAGUGACAUGACACCGCAGUUAACGAGCAAAGCAUCUUCGCAGUUUCAGCAAAAGAUAGCCUCACUUUACAGAACAGAGUCGAUAACAGAACAAGAUGAUCUCGCACAACUAGACAGUCGAGAGAUAGGUCGGGACAAACAUCGCUGUAACGGCUCUGUCGGGAAUCUCGCUGAGCUUCCUGCUGAGCCACUGCCGUGGCCAGGUAACUCUUCGCACGGUUAG